CUCUACAUCACGAGUAACCAAUGGGAGAGCGACACUAUGGACAUUUGGCCAAUGGGAACCGAGAUGGGCGGGCCAUCUCAUGGAGAGACUCGAGUUUCCGAGCUGUCCGGCGGCUGCUGGCCAGGAGCUAGGACCCCGCGCAGGUGGACUAUGUGGACCCUGGUGAGCUGGGUGGCCUUAGUGGCAGGGCUGGUGGCUGGAACACAGUGCCCAGAUGGUCAGCUCUGUCCUGUGGCCUGCUGCCUGGACCCAGGAGGAGCUGGCUACAGCUGCUGCAACCCAGUCCUGGACAAAUGGCCCUCCACGCUGAGCUGGCAUGUGGGGAGACCCUGCCAGAUUGAUGGCCAGUGCCCUGCUGGCUACUCCUGUAUCUUCACUGUGUCAGGAACUUCUAGUUGCUGCCCAUUCCCAGAGGCCGUGGCGUGCGGGGAUGGGCACCACUGCUGCCCCCGGGGUUUCCACUGCAGUGCCGACGGGCAGUCCUGCUUCCGAGGAUCAGAUACUGACCUUCUGGGUGCCGUCCAGUGCCCUGAUAGCCAGUUUGAAUGCCCCAACUCUUCCACAUGCUGCCCCAUGCCAGAUGGCUCCUGGGGAUGCUGCCCCAUGCCCCAGGCUACUUGCUGUGACGACAAGGUGCAUUGCUGUCCACACGGCACCUCCUGUGACCUGUCUCAUGGCCGCUGUCUCACGCCCACAGGCACCUUCCCCCUGGCAAAGAAGGUCCUGGCACAGAGGAAUGUUAGGGCAGCUAUAAUGUGCCCUGAUGGGCGCUCCCAGUGCCGUGAUGGUUCCACCUGCUGUAAGCUGCCUACUGGGAAGUAUGGUUGCUGCCCAAUACCCAACGCCAUUUGCUGUGCCGACCACCUGCACUGCUGUCCCCAGGACACUGUGUGUGACCUGGCCCAGAGUAAGUGCCUCUCCAAGGACAAUGCUACAGAUCUGCUCACCAAGUUUCCAGCACGUACAGUGUGGGAAGUAAAGUGUGACAUGGAGGUGAGCUGCCCCGAUGACUACACCUGCUGUCGCCUCCAGUCGGGGGCGUGGGGCUGUUGCCCUUUUGUCCAGGCUGUCUGCUGUGAUGACCAUGUGCACUGCUGCCCAUCAGGGUUUCAGUGUAACACGGAGAAGGGCACCUGUGAGCAGGGGACCCACGAGGUGGCCUGGAUAGAGCAGGCCCCAGCCCGUGUCAGGCUGCAGAAGCCACAAGCUGUGGGCACUGAUGUCUCCUGUGAUGAUGUCACUCGAUGUCCCCCUAACAAUACCUGUUGUCGGCUAGCAUCUGGGAAGUGGGGCUGCUGUCCUGUCCCAGAGGCUGUCUGCUGCCCCAAUCACCAGCACUGCUGCCCCCAGGGCUACACGUGCACUGCUGAGGGGCAUUGUCAGAGGGGGCACAAGGUGAUGACUGCACUGGAGAAGGUGCCUGCCCACCAAGCAUCCCAUCCCAGGGACAUGGGCUGUGACCAGCAUACCAGCUGCCCCGUGGGACAGACCUGCUGCCCAAGCCUGAGUAGAGGCUGGGCCUGCUGCCAGCUGCCCCAUGCUGUGUGCUGUGAGGACCGCCAGCACUGCUGCCCAUCAGGGUAUACCUGCAAUGUGAAGGCUCGGUCCUGUGAAAAGGAGGUAGACUCAACCCAGCCUGCCCCCCUGGCCCACAGCCCACUUGUGGGGGUAGGGGAUGUGGAGUGCAGUGCCGGGCACUUCUGCCACGACAACCAGACCUGCUGCCAGGAUAGUCAUGGGGGCUGGGCCUGCUGUCCCUAUCGCCAGGGAGUCUGCUGUGCAGAUAAGCGCCACUGCUGUCCUGCUGGCUUCCACUGCCGGGCCAAGGGCACCAAGUGUCUCAGAGAGACCCUACGCUGGGAUACUCUUUGAGGGACCCACCCGGAGACAGCUGCUAUGAGGACCGAGGACUGAAGACACUCUACCCUUGAGGCCUUGCUCAAGGAUGCCCACUGCUCAGGCCUCUCCACCACCUUUCCCCCACCCACCAGAUUCUCCUGGACCUCUCUGUUCUGAGUGCCCCACACUCCAAACCUACAGUGGGCAAAGGGGCCUUAACCUAAGGUCUUCCCUGUCAGGAAGGGAACUGUGGCAAAAGCCACAUCACAAGCUGCCACCCUGGUUUCUGUGCCCCUGUGGCCAGGUGCUGCCUCUGCCCCACCAGUGUGAGUGUGUGUAUGUGUAUAUGUAUACUCUAUUAAAGAGUUUGUACACUU